AAGCCUAAGGCUCAGGCUAAGCCAAUCAAUCUUUGAAUUUUUUUAGAAAGACGUAAGUGAGAACCGGAAGUUUCGCCAAUCCGACUAUAAUUAUAAUCCGCUCUUUAGAAAACUUUCGUUUAUAAAUAUAUUUUUACUGUUUCUACAAGUUAUUUUCCCCCUCCCAUAAACUAUCUUACAGCAGUUGAGUUCUUAUCUUAAUAAUGAACCUAAAGCCCAUGCAGGAAAUGGACAACAAGAAAAGACAAGAGGAGGAUGGAUCAAAAGUAGUGGUGGUUGAGACAACGGAGCAACGUGCUUCAGCGGGUAAAGGCCCAGAGCAGAGGAAAAUAGAGGUGGUUCACAAGUCUCACCCCAAAACUAGUGGUGGUGUUCUGGUCGGAGCUGCCGCCGCAGUCGAACCCACCCUUGAAUCUGCCAAACAAGUCAUCUCUAAAAAGUAAAACCAAAAACUUUAAUCUCUGUUUUCGAGAUAAUUGUAUAAAUUUCGUAUACUCUUUUGUAAUCCCAUGAUAAUCAGAACCUCUAUUAUCCCUUUGUUUUCUCCCAUUUGAUUUUAUCCCUUCUUAUCUAUAUAAGAUAACUUAAGGCACACGAA